AUGAGAAGAGGGCAUUCUUCUGGGAAUUACAGAAACCCAUGUUUGACUAUGCACCAGCCAUGGGCUUCGUUGCUGGUUUAUGGUAUCAAGCGCAUCGAAGGCCGGACAUGGGCCGCUCCUAUUAGAGGGCGCCUUUGGAUUCACGCCGCUAGUAAGGUUCCUGAUGAGGCUACAAUCAAAGCAAUGGAGGACUUUUACAGGGAAAUUUAUGCAGUGAAUGGAAUCACUGAUCUUAAAUUUCCAGAACAUUAUCCAGUUUCAAGACUUUUAGGGUGUGUUGAAGUGGUUGGAUGUGUUAGACGUGAAGAACUAGCAUGCUGGGAGAUGGUACCGGAAGGGGUGAGGCUAGAAGCACAAACUGAUUUAUGUUGGCUUUGCGAGCAGCCACAGAAAUUGUUAAUUCCGUUUGAGAUGCGUGGGUACCAAGGUGUUUAUAACUUGGAAAAGAAGAUAUAUGAAGCUGCUAUUAGAGGUCUUACCCCGGUUGAAGGUCCCCUUCCAGUAAAAUUUUUACUUCCAAAUCCACAAGAUCCAUUUUCGUUGAAACCAGGGUCUAUCUCUGCAAAUGUCCCAGAAACUAGAACUUCUGAACUGGAGAGAUCUUCAAGUCUCACAGCGGCCAUAGCUGGUGCACGAGCAGCAGCUACACAGUUCUCCAAGAAAGUUCAAGAUUUUGAAACAACUCCCCAAACCAAUACAGCACAAUCUGUAAGGACACUUCCAUUAAAGAGUGAAUCUUUUGAAGAGGAUACAACGCCAUCUGCUAACUUAAGUGAGACCUCUAAUAAGGGGGCAUUAACAUCAAAUAACAAGGAGAAAAUAAGUCCCAUUAAGUAUGAGGGAAUCACCAGCCUCAGUCAACCUUCUUCUGGAGGUUUGAGACCUCAUCCUGGUGCACCUUCUAAGAUUUUUGCUGCGGCGGUGAGAGCACUGAAGCCGUCAUGA